UGAAUGCACGUGUUUUAUGGUCCGUGGACAACAUGGCUGCGCAGUGGUCAGAGGUAGAGCGGGCGGAGAAGGAGAAGCGGCGGGAGCUGGUGCUGCAGGGAGCGGACGAGCGGCUCCGGCAGUGUGAUGGCCACUUACCGCCCGCUCUCUUCUCCCUCACUCUCCUCAAUUACUUGGAGGUGAGCGGAUGCUCCGAGCUGCGGGAGCUCCCGGCUGAUCUGGGCCUCCUCUCCCACUUGCAGAGCCUGAUCCUGUGCAAGAACAAGCUGCGGAGCCUCCCCCGGAACCUGGAGCAGCUGCGCGGCCUGAAGGUGCUGGACGUGUCGGGGAAUGAGCUGGAGGAGCUGCCGGCCGAGCUGUGUAACCUGCCGGAGCUGUGCACGCUGAACGUCAGCUGGAACCGGCUGCGGGAGCUGCCCCCGGGCCUGGAGCGCUGCACCAAGCUGGCGGGGCUCAACCUGUCCCGGAACCUGGUCACCCGCCUCCCUGCCGGCCUCAUGAGCCCCCAGCUGACCCUGCUGGCCUCCAUCACUGCGGCCGACAACCAGCUGCAGGAGCUGGGAGGGGAGAUCGGCCACCUGUCAGGGCUGAAGAGUCUGGACCUCUCCAAUAACCAGCUGACGGAGAUCCCACCGGAACUGGCGGACUGCACCAAGCUGAAGGAGAUCAACUUCAAGGGCAACAAACUGAAAGAUAAACGGCUGGAGAAGAUGGUGAAUGGCUGCCAGACCAAAUCCAUACUGGAGUAUCUGAGAGUCGGAGGCCGUGGAGGGGGAAAAGGGAAAUCCAAAAUCGAGAAUGCAGUAAAAGAGGAGGUGAAGGACAAGAAGAAGAAGCAGAGGAAACAGAAAAAGGACAGUGGAGGAGAUGAUGAGGACGAGGAGGUGGGAGACAUGAAUAGGAUGAUGCUGAGGAUCCUUCACAUAUCUGAGAACCCUGCAGCCCUCAUAGUCAAUGUCAGUGCCAACGUGAAGGAUGUGCGGCCGUAUAUCGUGUGCUGUGUGGUCAAAGGGAUGAACCUGAAGCCUGGAAACUCCCUGAAACGGUUCCUCACAGCACAGACCAAACUCCAUGAAGACCUGUGUGAUAAGAGGACAUUGGCAACUAUCGCCACCCACGACCUGCAUCUAGUGAAGGGACCCUUAUUGUAUGACGCUAGACCUCCGAAAGAGUUCACGAUUGUGCCGUUGAACCGCAAAGAAAUAAACGCCAAGGAGCUUGUCCGGCAGCUGCAGCUCGAGGCCGAUGAGCAGAGGAAACAGAAGAAACGUCAGAACGUAUCUGGACUUCACAGGUACCUUCGUUUAUUGGAUGGUAAAGAGUAUUACCCAUGCUUGGUAGAUGCUGAGAAUGCAGUGAUCUCCUUCCCACCAAUCACAAAUAGUGACAAGACCAAGGUCCGUAAAUCCACCCGGGACCUUCUUCUUGAGGUGACUAGUUCCAGCAGCUUGCAGAUCUGUAAGGAAGUCAUGGAUGCCCUCAUUGCUAAAAUGGCAGAGCUGAAUAAAUUCACCCUGGAGAACAAAGAGGAAGAAGUCACGUCAGACACAGAACCCGACGAAGGUGUCACCCCUCAAAAACCAGUGGCCGAGCCAACCCCAGAAGUGGAGGGCAGCUCCGAGCUUGUAUUGGAGCAGGUGCGGGUGGCUGAUGCAGACGGGAACCUCAAAGUUUUAUACCCUUCAAAAACUGACCUAAACCUGAGUUUGUCUUUCUCGGUCAUGCGUUAGAAGCGUUGUUUUGUUAGGAACAAUUAUGUAACUUAUUUUUACUGACUUUUUUAUGUUUUUUCUCUUGUGUUACCUCCGCUUUAGAGACUCCAUACCCAUAGUGUAAUCAGUAAUAACAUUGUACAGCCUGUUUAUUCCUCGUCUUGAAUCUUCCUCUGUAGUGGAUUCAGGAUCCCUAGAAAUCACUUAAAGGGGUUGGUGGUUCUCUAGAACAGGGAUCAGAAACCUCCAACACUACAGUUGUUCUGAAACUACAACUCCCAGAAUCCUCCUUUCUCUUCUAUGGGAGUUACAAGAAUAGCCAAG